AUGUCGCUUGUCGGUACACUUCUCUUUUGCGAAGAUUGUGGUGAUCUGGUAGAUCGAUGUCCUCUCGAACAGCGUACCAUCUCGUGCAAUGUAUGCGAGAAGGAGGAAAUCAACAGAUGGCCAACCGCUCAAACGACAAUGAGCACUCCUGGAACGUUCCCUUCGAGACUCCGUGAUAAAUUGUCUGAUAUCCAAAUUUUGUCUGCGGCCUAUAGGGACACCUGGACAUUGACGCCAAAGACUUGUCCAAAGUGCGAACACUCCGAGAUGAAGUUUCGCGAUGUGUGUCCUGCAUGCGAUUAUAGGUAUGUGACCAAAAACUUUGAGAGAUAA